CUCGCCGGGUGGCGGAGCCGGAGUCGUCGCGGCCACCUCAUUGCACAACCCGGCUCCCCAACUGUUUACACAGGCUGGCCUGUGAGUGUGUGUGUGUAUACAGCGUGAGUCACCGGGAGGCGGAGGAGGUGGAGGAAAAGGAGAAGGAGGAGUGCACUGGCCGGGAUCGGUGCAGCGCACACACUCACUCACACUCAGUCACUCUCUCCGAGCGCGUCGCACUCGCUCACACGCGCCCGCAGUCCAGGAGCGCGCAGGACCCCGGGCGCCGCGGAAAAGUUGCUCCGGCUUCCGCUGGAGACUAAUUGCUCUGGGAAGUGCAUUGGCUCCGCGCACAAGCUCGCGGAAUCCUGUUCUCGUGCCACGGGACCCCGGGAUCCUAGGCCGCCGCUGCCGCCUCUGGGACGCUCGACAGCCUCGCCAACAAUAGCGGCGGCCGCCCCCUGCGAGGGGCCCCGUGCCUGCGCCCGCCGGGGUCCGAGGAACUGAGCCGGCCUCCGCACCUCUCCGGGACGCUGAGCCAGCGUGGUUUCCGCGUGCAGCGAGAGCGCCGGGGGAGCGCCUGGUGCUUUGGCCCCCGUGGGGGCCGAGCUAAGGCCAGUCUGCAGACUCCAUCCCGCGGGCUGGAAGAGGUCGCGGCGCCCGCGCCAAGCCCGCAAAAGCGCCUUUCUGCGCGGAUCCGGGAGCGUACAAAGCCGGGGCCGCCCCGGCCGGGGACGGGAUGCGAGCCGGUCCCGUGCGCUCUGCCAUGAGCGGCGCCUCGCAACCCCGGGGCCCAGCCCUGCUGCUCCCGGUCUCCCGGGGCACCCCGGCCAAACGGCUGCUGGAUGCGGACGACGCGGCGACGGCCGCGGCAGUGGCCGCAGCCAAGUGCCCGCGACUCUCCGAGUGCACGAGCCCUCCGGACUACCUCAGCCCCCCCGGCUCGCCGUGCAGCCCGCAGCUCCUGCCCGCCGCGCCGGGGGUCGGCGGCGGCUCCGGGAGCGCGCCGGGGCCCAGCCGCAUCGCGGACUACCUGCUGCUGCCCCUGGCCGAGCGCGAGCAUGUGUCCCGGGCGCUGUGCAUCCACACGGGCCGCGAGCUGCGCUGCAAGGUGUUUCCCAUUAAACACUACCAGGACAAAAUCCGGCCUUACAUCCAGCUGCCAUCACACAGGAACAUCACGGGCAUCGUGGAAGUGAUCCUUGGGGAAAGCAAGGCCUAUGUGUUCUUUGAGAAGGACUUUGGGGACAUGCACUCCUAUGUGCGGAGCCGGAAGAGGCUGCGCGAAGGGGAGGCCGCCAGGCUGUUCAAGCAGAUCGUCUCCGCCGUCGCCCACUGCCACCAGUCGGCUAUCGUGCUGGGGGACUUGAAGCUAAGGAAGUUCGUCUUCUCCACGGAGGAGAGGACCCAGCUCAGGUUGGAAAGUCUCGAAGACACACACAUCAUCAAGGGCGAGGAUGACGCCUUGUCGGACAAGCAUGGCUGCCCAGCCUACGUGAGCCCCGAGAUCCUUAACACCACGGGCACCUACUCCGGAAAGGCGGCGGACGUUUGGGGCCUCGGGGUGAUGCUCUACACCCUGUUAGUUGGACGCUACCCCUUCCAUGACUCAGACCCCAGUGCCCUCUUUUCCAAAAUCCGCCGCGGACAGUUCUGCAUUCCCGACCACAUUUCCCCCAAAGCCAGGUGCCUCAUCCGCAGCCUGCUGAGGCGAGAGCCCUCCGAGAGACUCACGGCCCCCGAGAUCUUGCUCCAUCCCUGGUUUGAGUCGGCCUUGGAACCUGGCUUUGUCGACUCCGAAGUGGGAACGGCGGACCAGAUUGUCCCCGAGUACCAGGAAGACAGUGACAUUAGUCCCUUUUUUUGCUAAUUCCCCCCCCCCCAAAAAAAAAAAACCUCAGAAACCUCGAAAUUCUCACACACGGCAUUUCCAUUUCUACAGUCGGACAGGCCCCCGAGCUCGGUGCCAGGGUGGGGGCCUGCACAGAGGCGGUCCCGGCAGAUGCCACCACGGCGCCCUGCCCAGCUUUGAGAUGACGGACCGUAGGACCGAGCGGCAGUCACCUGGAUUGGCUGCCCUGCGAACUGUCCCCUUCGUGGGUGAACCUUCGCCAGCAAGCCUCUGGGAGAAUCGGGGGGUUCUACUUUUCUGGGGAGGAGCUCAAGAGCUGGGACAUCCUCUACCAUAUGGUCAAGUGUCAUGAACUCGAAUGUUCGAGUGGAAGAUGGCAUGGACUGCACAAUGGCGUUUUGGGGGGCAGUUACCGUAUUUUAUUAGGGUAGUGAAUAAAUUGAGGCCCAUAAGUCUGCCACCUUGAAAUUCACCAGUGGUGUAGCCAGAGUGGCUACUGCAGCUUCUCAACUCAAAAUGUCCUUUGGCUUAACCCUGGUCCUUUCUCGCACUCACUCACACUUAGCAAUGACUCUGCUUCGCUUCCGGAACACACUGUUGUAGGAGUCUAGGAGUUGCCUGCACCGUGAACCCAGACUCUUCUGUUUCCUGCCAACACCUCGUGUGCAUUAACGCCCUCUCCAUGCCCUUGAAACCUGCCCCUUUCAGCAACAAAACGCACUUGCCAGCUGGUCUUGAAAAAGCAUCCUGAAAGAUCUGGGCUCAGAAGGAGAGGCUGCAUAGUCUCCCAGAUCAUUGGAGGAUUUGGGGACCGUUAGCUUCCCAGUGUGUCUCCUUUUCCCCAAGCCCGUCUGAAGGCGCAGUGUCUGGUGUAGCAAGAAGAUUAGGAGAGCCCGUUCGUCCUCUCCCUGGAGUAAACUUGAGACAUCUCUGAGCUUCAGAGAGACUGAAUGGUGGAUGGUCUUAGAAGAUUUGCAGAUCAGCUUCUAGAAUUCUCCUUUGAGCCCUCGUGACCUGGUCUGCCUCUGGCAGCAUUUGUGUCCCCACAGUUUGGCAUGACGGUGCGUUCCCAUUUCCCGAGUGUUGUGUUCUGGCCAGUCAGCUGCUGGGCUGAGAGAGCAAGCCUCACUUCUCAAAAAUCCUCCACCCUGACCUCUUUCUGCCAUCUCCCAGCACAGGAAUAUUCGUGCCUCCCCCACCCCCUUCAGCUCCUUCCCAGGGGCCUUGCCCAGCCUCUGGCUGCAUCCAGCGCUGGGGGACUUGCUCCUUCCAAAAGGUAGACCUUGGCAGAGAACCUGCAGCCUGCAUUAAACAAGGACAGAUGCGCCAUCAGCGGCCAUCCCAGACAGUGCUAAGACCUGGUGGUUAAACGGGUAAGCCAAAUAUACUGUAUUUUGAAAAAUGGCACAAAAAAGAGAAAAGGAAAAAAAAAAUACCAAUAAAACAGGCAGCCAGCUUUAAAGGGCUACGCCGAGGCAAACUACUAACCCGCAUUGUGGGAAUGCCGCGUAUACCUCACGUACUGUGUACUUUGUAUAGAUAGUGGACCUUUUCUACGUAUGUUCGACAUUGUUUUUGUUGUGUUGGCUCUGAGGCUUGUUGUGUGUCGUCUGUGUCUGUCUGAAUAACCCGCGUGUCUAAAGCCACGUGAAAUGUGAAUGACUGUUGGCAAUAUUGCCUCCACGGAACUGUGGGACUGGGAGAGAAAGGAGGGCAGGCGCCUGCCCCACCAGCGCCCUCGCGGUGGCUGGACUUUGUAUCUGUGAUGCAUCGUCUGGCCGAGGACUUGGGAGGCGGGGGCUUCUGCAGAAGCUAGAAACACUAGAACCUUCCUGUACAUGUGUAGAUAUGUGAACAUUGAGACGGCCAUUUCUGACUUGUAGAGAAAUUUUAAUAAAUCUGGUUUCGUAAAUA